CAGUAGAUGUGAUCCAAUGAGUAAGGCCCGGUCGGCGCAUGGUAUCGCAUCCAAUUGUUUUGAUUUUCUCUCUCCUUUCGAUUUCCUCCUUCCUCAUCUCAGCAACCUAGUUACAGCACUCCCCUCUCAAUCCCAUCCACCCUAUUUAUUUUUUUUCUUUUUAAUUUCCCCCUUUUUAUUUAUGUUUUAAAAAAGAAUCUCAAUUCUCCAUUUUUAUUUAUAAAAAAAAGGGGAAGUAAAUUUAGGGGGGAGCGAUCCCCUAAAGACGAAAAAUUGAAAUCUAAAUCUACAACACCACAACACAAAAUGGCAUUUCACGUAGCUUGUCCAAUUACAUGUCGCCGAAUCUGUUUCUGCGCGCUAGGGUUUCCGCGAGCGCUCCACGCUCCAGACCCUGCCAAUGCCUUUCUCCACGACGUCGCUGCGCUCGGGGACUUCCUCGCCAACGCCACCGUCGACGACGCCACCGUCCAGGUCGCCGUCCCCAAGGUUUUGCCGCCGCCGCCUCCGCCACCCACCACGGACGGUGUUCCUCCCGGCGUCGACGCUAUCGAUGAGUCCGCCUCCAUGAAGGCCAAGCGCAUCGCGCUCCAGCGCAAGGGCGCCGCCGCCAUGAUCGCCGCCGAGGAGUACGCUCGCCGGUUUGAGUCCGGCGACGUUGUGGUGAGUAAUACACCCGGGAAUCUUACUGGAGAUGAGCAGGGUCAAUCGAACAGGACCUAUUGUCGAUUUUGCAAGUGUGGAGAAGUUGAAGGAAGUGAGAGAGCUCAAAAGAUGCUAUCGUGCAAAAGUUGUGGUAAGAAAUACCAUAGGAACUGCUUGAGGAGUUGGGGUCGACAUAGAGAUUUAUUUCAUUGGAGUUCAUGGACCUGUCCUCUUUGCCGAAUUUGUGAGGCUUGCAGAAGGACUGGUGAUCCAUUUAAAUUCAUGUUUUGCAAAAGGUGUGAUGGUGCUUACCAUUGUUAUUGUCUGCAACCUCCUCACAAGAGUGUUUGUAAUGGGCCCUAUUUGUGCCCAAAACAUUCAAGGUGUCACAGUUGCGGAUCCAAUGUCCCUGGAAAUGGACUAAGUGUGAGGUGGUUUAUGUCAUACACCUGCUGUGAUGCAUGCGGAAGAUUGUUUACAAAAGGGAACUACUGUCCUGUUUGUUUGAAGGUUUACAGAGAUUCAGAAUCAACACCUAUGGUUUGUUGUGAUACUUGCCAGCUGUGGGUACAUUGCCAGUGUGAUAAUAUCAGUGAUGAAAGGUAUCACCAAUUUCAAGUGGAUGGGAAUUUGCAGUAUAAAUGUCCCACGUGUCGUGGGGAAUGUUAUCAGGUUAAGAAUCCUGAAGAUGCUGCACAAGAGAUUUGGAGGAGAAGGAAUAUUGCUGAGAGAGAUUUGAUUGCUAGCUUGAGGGCUGCAGCUGGUUUGCCAACUCAAGAAGAGAUAUUUUCUAUUUCACCAUAUUCAGAUGAUGAGGAUGGUGGGCCUUUAAAGUUAAAGAGUGAAUCUACUCGUUCCUUUAAGUUCUCUCUAAAGAAUUUGUCCAGUGACUCGCCAAAGAAGAAAUCUUCAAACAAAAAGACUGCUAAGAAAAAAGACUCUCAGUCAUUUAUGACUAGUAAAAUCGACACACACAACAGUUUUGAAGGACAUAGUGAUAUUAAAUCUUUGCAUAGCUUAGAUGAUGAUAAGAAUGAUGAUGUACAAUCUCAGAGAAAUGAAGGUCCAGAUGUUUACUCAUCACCUGCUACUGGGAGCCUGAGUCAAACUGAUGCUCCUUGCCCAAUUAAUCAGCCAGGAGUUUUGAAACAUAAGUUUGUUGAUGAGGUGAUGGUCAGUGAUGAAGAGAGGAAACCUAGAUUUGUUCGAAUUAAAAGUAACAAAGCACAUAUUUUGGAUAGUGAAGAGGAAAGUGGAAAACAGAAUGUUAAGACUCAGAAUGUGAAAGGGAAGAAGUUGGUUAUUAAUUUGGGUGCGCGGAAAAUUAAUGUGGCUAGUUCCCCACGGUCUGAUACUUCAAGCUGCCAAAAAGAUCAAGAUCUGGUGGCUGUUAAUGGAAAUGAAGAUAUAAGCCAAUCGAGGAAGGGAGACAAGUUUGCAUCAGACAGACAAGAUGGCACAGCUAGGCAUAUUGAUGGAAACAGAGUCGAUUCUGGGCAAUCAAAUUUUUUCAAGGUUUCGGGAAGAGAAGGAAAUUUGAUUAAGCUGGGAAAAGUUAAGCCAGAUGUUUCUGAAUUCAACCCGACCUCUGGUAGAGGCAAUAUGUCUGAUGGGCGGGUAAAACAUAAUACUGAUGGAACGAUUGAUCAGGUUGGACUAAAAGUCACAUCAAGAGGCGAAAGGGUGCAUCUGGGGAAGCAAUCAGAAGUCAGCUCUGAUGCAUGUGAUGAGACAGAUGACAAUAAUAAUCGUACACCUUCACAUUCUUUGCCAAAAGAUUCUAAACCUUUAUUAAAAUUUAAAUUCAAGAAACCAAGCAUUGAAAGCCAAAAUUCUCCUCAUCAGGAGGAGGAGAAGAUAAUCAAGGGCCAGAGGUCAAAAAGGAAGAGACCUUCUCCUUUUAAGGAGAAAACACCAUUUAAUGAGUCUGAAAAUGCAAGUCAAUCACAUCAAGACAGUGUAAUGGAUGAGAUCUUGGAUGCAAACUGGAUAUUGAUGAAAUUGGGCAGUGAUGCAAUUGGAAAGAGAGUUGAAGUUCAUCAGUCAUCUGACAAUUCUUGGCACAAGGGAGUGGUCACUGACGUAGUUGACGGCACUUCAAAGUUACAUGUUGCCUUAGACGAUGGGAAGGUGAAGACCUUGGAACUCAGGAAACAGGGGGUCCGUUUUGUUUCUCAAAAGCAGAAGAGAUCAAAGACAUGAACUAAACUUGGUCAGCCUUGGUGAUCAUUUAAUGUGGAGACUUUACUUAAUUGACUUUGAAGAUUGUUUCAUCUUUAUGGCCACUCCUUACUGAAUUUAUAUUCGUAGCUGCUCACAUUGCUGCUGAUUUUUGGGUGAAGCAUUCUCGAUUGGAGAAAUUUCAGUAUUCUUAAAAGAAUUAACCUUUCACCUUAGUCCUUUUUCUGGGCUGCAGGUUCUUGAUCGCGAGUUAGAUUUUUCUUGCUUUUCUACAUGUAUCUGAUUCAAAGUAGAUUCUACCUGUGAUGUAUAGGUCACCAUUUCUGUAGAAUAGGGAAGUUAAGGCCAAGGUGUUAGCUGUAUGAUUAACGCUCUGCUGGUAGUUGUGAAUUGAGAUAUUUGUCUUGAAAGAUGCAAUUAUUGUCAUUUUGUUAAAGGAGAUGGUAGUUCACUUCUACCUUCUCACCCUCCA